AUGGCAGAUGCAGUGGUCCAACUACGAUGCGGAGUCAAGAACGAUGACUGGGGGAAGAAAGGAAAAGACUCCGUGGUUGCUCAGUUGUGGUCUAAAACUCCAGGAAGCCCGCCCAUUGAUAACAACCAGACCUAUUCCGAGAUGUGGAUGGGCACUUAUCCAUCAAACCAGUCAUACCUUAUCACAACGGGUGAGCCAUUGGGUGAGUAUUUGAAGAAGAACCCACAACUGGUGGGUAAGUCAGUUUUGGAUCGCUGGGGAGCCGAGAUUCCUUUUCUCCCUAAGAUAUUGUCGUUCUCCAAGGCUCUGCCACUUCAGAUCCAUCCAGAUCUGAAACUUGCAAAGCUGUUGCAUCAACAAGAUCCGAAGAAAUAUGGCGACACCAUGCAUAAGCCAGAGAUUGCCAUUGCAUUAUCCAAGUUCGAGCUCUUCGCAGGCUGGAAACCUCUGAAGGAUAUAGAGGCAUUAUGCAAGCUCAAACCGCUCGAGAAGUUUGUCCCUUCAUCUCCGAGCUUUACAGAUGAGUCUCUUCGAGAGACAUGCAAGUUGAUGCUAAAGGCCUCGCCGGAAACGGUUGCUACAACAAUCAAAGAGUUGCAGAAUAUCCCUGAAUCUCAAUUUGGCUCAGAUCAGUAUAUCCCUGGUCUGCUGGAUCGUCUGAGCAAGCAGUACACGCCAUGCGACAACGGCAAUUUGGUUGCGGCUAUUUUGAUGAAUUACCUCAUCCUAGGACCUGGAGAUUCCGUCUGGGUUCCAGCUGAUAGUGUCCAUGCAUACUUGGAAGGGGAUAUUGUUGAAUGCAUGGCCAGAUCUGACAAUGUCAUCAAUACUGGCUUUUGUCCGGCUACGGAACGUGACAGCGUUGAUCUGUUUGCGCAGGCGUUGUCUUUUAUCCCACACAAUGCUCAAGAUGCGCUUCUGCCCCGUCAGAAAAGUGACAAAGGCAUGCAUGGGAAGACGGAUGUAUAUGCACCUCCAACCAGCGAGUUCAAUAUGCUUCUGACCAGUCUUGGACCGGGUGAGAAGGAAACCCACAAGGCUAUUCUUGGUCCUAGCUUGAUGAUUGUGACCAAGGGAUGUGGCAACAUGAAGAUACCGGGAAACCAGACAAUUGAGAUGAAAGAAGGAUAUGUGUUCUUCGUGGGACAAGGUGUCGCGUUGGACUUCAAUACCGCGAAAGGUAUUGCGAUUUAUCGCGCAUAUGCAGAGUGA